CUUCAUUCGCCGCCUCGCGCCGGGAUCAGGAGCGCCGCGGAAAGCACAGGCCGUGGAGAGAGUGCUGCGCUCGGGCUACCCAAUGCGUGGACUAUCUGCAGCCGCCUCUCAUGCAAUAUGCUGGAGCUCCAGAACAGCUAAACGGAGUUGCCACACCGCUGCCUGGGCUGGAUCACAGCUCUGCCUUUCCUUAUGAAGAAGACACAAACUUGGAUUAUCACUUGCAUUUAUCUUCAACUGUUCCUAUUUAAUCCUCUCGUCAAAACUCAAGGGAUCUGCAGGAACCGUGUAACUGAUGAUGUGAAAGACGUUACAAAAUUGGUGGCAAAUCUUCCAAAGGACUAUAAAAUAACCCUCAAAUAUGUCCCCGGGAUGGACGUUUUGCCUAGUCACUGUUGGAUAAGCGAGAUGGUGGCACAGUUGUCAGUCAGCUUGACUGAUCUUCUGGACAAGUUUUCAAAUAUUUCUGAAGGCUUGAGUAAUUAUUCCAUCAUAGACAAACUUGUGAAAAUAGUCGAUGACCUUGUGGAGUGCAUGGAAGAACACUCAUUUGAGAAUGUAAAAAAAUCAUCUAAGAGCCCAGAACCCAGGCUGUUUACUCCUGAAAAAUUCUUUGGAAUUUUUAAUAGAUCCAUUGAUGCCUUCAAGGAUUUGGAGAUGGCGGCAUCUAAAACUAGUGAAUGUGUGAUUUCUUCAACAUUAAGUCCUGAAAAAGAUUCCAGAGUCAGUGUCACAAAACCAUUUAUGUUACCCCCUGUUGCAGCCAGCUCCCUUAGGAAUGACAGCAGUAGCAGUAAUAGGAAGGCCUCCAAUUCCAUUGAUGACUCCAACCUACAAUGGGCAGCCAUGGCAUUGCCAGCAUUCUUUUCUCUCAUAAUUGGGUUUGCUUUUGGAGCCUUAUACUGGAAGAAGAAACAACCCAAUCUGACAAGGGCAGUUGAAAAUAUACAGAUGAAUGAAGAGGAUAAUGAGAUAAGUAUGUUGCAGGAAAAAGAGAGAGAGUUUCAAGAAGUGUAAUUGUGGCUUGUAUCAACACUGUUACUUUCGUACAUUGGCGGGUAACAGUUCAUGUUUGCUUCAUAAAUGAAGCACCUUUAAACAAAUUCAUAUUCUGUCUGGAGUGACAGACCGCAUCUUUAUCUGUUCUUGCUACCCAUGACUCUGUACCGAUGAUUCAGAAAUUGGAGCAAAAUAUUUUACUGUGAAACUGGCACUGAAUUAAUCAUCUGUAAAGAAGAACUUCCAUGGAGCAGAACUCUAUUUUUAAGGACCUGGGGGACUUGUGGUCUCAAUUAGAACUUGCAAGUGACCUUGGGAGAGAAAGCACGAGUCCCAGACUGCACGCACCAUUUUGCAUGCCUCCAGAAACGUCUCAUCGCUGAAAAACCACAUAGCUUGAUUUGACAGUUACAACCUGCAGUUCAUAGUUAUCUUGGUCCAUGCCAGUAGAUUACAGCCUGGAUAGUGGGGGUUAUUUUUUUUUUAUCAAAGGGAUCUAGAAAAAAAAAAAAAAAAAACAAGAACUUAGUAGCAUCAGCCACUGUUCAUUUAGAAAGCAGUGGGGACAAAGUGUGGGUGUAGGUGCCAUAUCAGCCUUAGAGCUGCUGAUGGAUGAAUGAUAUGGAUCUGAGCUUGGUCUCUUCCUGACACAAAGCAUGCUCACCCACAUCCCACUAGAUGGAUGGACAUGGUUGGCUGAUUCUGUCCCUGCAGGGAGCCAGGACUGAAUUACAACAGGGAAGCCUUUGCAGAGGAGAGAUUCCAAAAGCGUCAUCACAUGAAGAAGCUACGGACACCGACCAGCAGGACAGUCUGCCGAGGGGGACAUCUGGCACCCCUCGUGAAGUCAGCCUUUUCCCUUGACCACUAUAGAGUGUAUAAAUCGUGCUUGCAAAAUAUACUACAAAAUGUUUAUAUUCUAAAACUAUUACAGAGUUAUGUAUGUAAAGGGACUUAGGAGAAACUGCUGAAUAUACGGGGGUCCCGUUUUUGAUUUCUGCUGUGGGAGAAAGUAAAAAUAACUUAUGAUAUUUAGUAUCUAAGGUUAGAAAACCACACCCACACACUAUGGGUGCUGAAAACUAGGUGACUUGGCUUUUACAAAAAUGCAAGGAAUCAGGAAACCAGUUAUUUAUCGUAUAAUCACCACUAUCUGUUUAAAGGAUCCAUUUAUUUAAAAUCAGGCACUCUGUAUUCAUUAUGGUUUAUGAAUUAAAAAUAAAAACAGAGCUUUAUGUAGUUAUGCAUGUCAGUUUGCUAUUAAAAUGUGUGACAGCAUUUUUGUCAUAUUGAGUGAACUUGGCAGGAAUUCCCAAGAUGGACAUUGUGCUUUUAAACCAGAACUUAGAAGACAUAAAGUGAAUUUCCCUUGCCAAUUUUUUUUUUUAUAUAGAAGGAACAUCUGAUAAGAUCAAAGAAUGAUCUCUCAUGGUUUAUUUUGAUGAGGAUUCUUUUAAUUGAUCAUGAACAUACAUAUAAAAGAAUCCAAAGCUUUCUAUUUCUAACUUAAUCCUUGUGAUAACAUCAUUGCCAUUUAUUACUGCCAUCAGAUGACCAUUUUCAAUACAAUGAUACAAAAGAGCAGGAAAAACUAUUACCUUUCUUUAAUUUCAAAAGCCCAAGAAUUUCUAGUAUAGUUGGGUUUUAUCUUAAGCUCAAAGCUAAUCCAAAUACAACUCCAGUAAGUGGCCUUUGCUCUUUUUUUUAACCAAAGAGCCCAGAUGAUUUCCACAACCCCUUUCUUCUCUAAAGUGCUGUGGUUCCUCAAACAAACAUUAGUCAUUUAUCUAAGCUACAAGCCAGGCAGAUGCUUUGAGAAGCUGUAUUAACUUGUUCAGGCCCUCAAAUAUACCAUGGUACAAUGAUUAUAUCUAAUAAAACCAGAGAUCAAUUUAAUUGCUGGACAGACCUUUCUCUAUGUGAUGUUGUUUUGAGGAAAAUAGGUAUAGGUUCAUAUGAGUAUGUGUGUAGGUCAUGUGUAGGUUGAGAAGAUUGAUACUUCUCAUUCUAAUAGUUUGAUUUAUUUCACCAGUGGUUUUGAUUUUCUUAGGUAUGUGAAGAAGCUGCUUAAUGAGCUUGAGAGUACAAUAAAUGUGCUUUUGCUCUCAAAGCUAGUAGCUGGGUUUUAACACUCAAGGACAUGGUCCUAAUCAAUAGAGCUAAGUAAACAAAUUCAGCAAGUUAUGAAAUCUGGCGUGGUAGCUGAGGGGAGAUGGAUUCUACCUAAUUAGCUGUAUGGGUUCAUUGAGAGUUGUGUGGAUGACCAAGUUUUUAAACACUAAAAUUAAAUAAACUACACAAACAACAGAAAAAUGCUGAAAAUUAUUUUGGAUGUUAGCCGCUUGGGAAUUAACAGUCAUAUCUGCUUUGAGAUUAAAAAUAUAUACAUGUAUCUUUGCUUUAUUUUAUCCACUAUGCAUUCUGAAUAUCCUUCAUAAAUCAUGGAAAGCUUACAACUGACAUCGUAAACCGUGAAGUCAAUUUUUACAUUGGUGCCAUGUAUCUGAUAAUUCUCUUUUGUAAUGUUUCUAAUGUCUUUUAAAAUGAUCUCAGAAGCCUGCAGAUUCUAAAUUAUACUAAAAGCUUUGCACCUCUUUGGGAGAACCCAAGUCUAUAAAGAAACUGGCUCUGUGAUAAACAGUGCGUGCCCAGUGAUAGAGAAAUGUUGCUGGAUUUUGUAUUAUAAUCUAAUGUUCUUACCACACUGCUACUUCUUAGUGAGUCAGAGACAAGUUGACUUUUUUCAAUACGUUAACAGAAUGAGUACCCUGUUCUCUUUGAAAAGGAUGAAGUCCGUGGAAAAUGAAAAUGUGUGCUAAGUAUGUCCAUGAUGAAAUGUUUGCUUUUAGCAAGAAUUAAAGUACUUUGGAGAAACUUAGUGGCAUAUUUUGGUACUCAAAUUCAAAUGAAGUUUUAAAUUAACAGAAAAAUUCAUUCAGAAUUCAUGGAUAUUUCUUAAUGCCUUUCUGCAGCUAAAUUUUGGUUUCAAAAUGUAAUUUCAGUAUGGGGCCUUUGGCCAUUCCCUAUCUAUUCUAGUUUAACUAAGAAAGAAAUUUUUCAGAAAGGCAGUUUGACAUAGUAGGAUGGAUGUUGGGGGAAACGUCAGGAGCCUCCAGUCUGCCCUUAGCUGAUACUGGUAAAUCACUGCUCUUCUUUAGAUCUCAGUGUUUUUAUUUCUCUGUAUGGUGAAGUCAGAGGUCAUACCUUAGGUGUGAGGGAAACCUACUGGUAUGUGACUGACAAAGAUUUUAAAAUAGAGCUGAAAGUAUCCCUUACAAAAUGCCCAACUCUGAUCUCUGUGAAGAAGCCUAAAAAGUCUGUGGUUCUUAUUUGUUAUGUAAAUAGGGUCUAUUAGCAGAAGUGAAAUUCAGUCUCCUGUAAGGUGAAUUGGGUAACCAUUUACACAAGAGAUGGCUUUUUUCCUUUGCUGAAAUAAACAUUUUUGGAUCACCUCUGAAGAAUGAAAACCAGGAGUGCAUUUUGCCUAGGAAAAUUUGCUAUGCGUGUAAUGUUUGGAAGUGUACCAAAUUAAGCAUUUAAAUGCUCUCAUUUUAUUAAAAGCCCAAAGCAGAAAUGUAAGAUGUUCAUAAAGUUUUUAAGUGCCAAAAGACAAUUUUGAAUGGAAAUGGGUAGACCAUAAAUUACGUUUUAAAAUUGGAACAUGAGAUAAGAAUUUUAAAGAAAGCCAGCUUGUCUUUGAAACAAUAUUAUUUGGAAAUUGGCAUUGAAAGAUAAGCAUUCACAUUGAAAUUCCACCCAGUUCAUUUGUGGUGUUUGAUCACAUAAUUUAUGAUGUUGCUGGAAACGCCUUUGUUUGUAAAGAAAAAAUAAUGGUACUUUUGUUUCCUAACAAGGUAUUGUUUUAGAAAUAAUCCACAUUAAAAUGGAUAUUCAUGAUCCUAAAAUGAUUCCUAAGCAUUGUAAAUUUAUAACUGCCAUCUCCCAUUACAUCCUUUUUAUGUUGUUUUUAAAAAUAAAAUUGUUUAAAAAACAUAGUAGUUUCAGUUACUUGAUUUCUGAGCUGUAAGACUCACUAAAUAAAAGUUUCCAAUCAGAAUAUCCUAUUCUCUUAUAUUCUAAGGAUUAAUGUGUGAUUAUAGUGUCCACUUGCCACUAUUGUCAAAUCAAUGGACUUAAAGUAUUCAGACAUUUAGAUGAAUGCACAGAUAUAUUGCUAGUUCAGUCCUAGAUUGGAGUUUGCAUAUUGUCAUGUAUGUCAACACUAUUCUAAAUAGUUUUAUUAUGACUGAAGUUUAAUUAAAUAGAAAAGUUUGUAAAAUGUGAUGUGUAUGUGUAUGUACUGUAUGUGUACUUUUUAAAAUAGGUAUAUGUCCCGAUCCUUUUUUAUACAGGUUUGAAUUUGAAAUUACAUUAUAUAUACAUAUACUUUAUUGUUCUAAAUAAAGAAUUUUAUGCACUCA